AUUGCCUGCUUUAAAACGAUCAUUAUUACCAGGUACAUGAAAGGGACAAGGUAAGGUUUAGAAUUUUAAAUGUUUUUUAUUAUAUAAAUUUAUUUUAUACAUGCUAUCUACAAAUUCAGAUUAUGCCCAGAGCUGAGAUGCUCAGAAUGCCUUCGCCGACAGCCGUAGUAAAUACAGAAUUUUUACUGAAAAUAGAAGACCCGAACAGUUUCGUGGUAUUAUAAAAAAGCGUAUAUUUGUGUUUAGAAUUUUUAGAAAUGGCACUGGUUCAUCACACAGCCAGCCUUUAGAUAAAUUAUGUUGUCCGUGCUUCUAUAUCUGGCUAACUUGAAGAUUGGUAUUGUUUCGUAAGCAUAAUGAAAAAAUUUGGUAUAGUUCCGGGGAUUUUAAAAAACAGUUUAACUAUUAAUGAUUUGCCAACAUUAAAGUCGUACCCCAUAAUAGGACAUGCAUAUUUGUUUUUUCCCGGUGGAAAAUAUAGGUCAGACAAAUUGACGGAAGCAAUUCAAGACAUUAGUUAUCAAUUAGGUCCAAUUUUUAGACUAAAUUUAGGGGGAAAAGAUUUAGUGAUUUCUACAAAUGCAGACCACACGGAAACACUUUUCCGCAAUGAAGGAAUCAGACCAAACAGGCCCCCUUUUCCUGCACUUUACUAUUAUCGAAAGGAGGCUUUUAAUAGUGUAGGAGUUGUGCCUGGCAAUGGAGAUGAAUGGUACAAAUUCCGUAGUGGAGUUACUUCACUACUUAGAACGAAUUUAUUGCAGAGUUAUGUCGAAGUUCAAGAAGAUGUAGCCAAUUCGUUUGUUGCUUACAUAAAAAAACAAUGUAAUGAAAAUGGUGUUCUAAGUAAUAUACAGGAUCAUUUGUUGAAAUUUGCUAUUGAAGCUAUAUCUGUUGUUUGCCCUGGCAAUAGAUUUCGCUGUACCUCAGAGUCCAGUUGUCAAGAUGAAGAAAUAAUAGCAGCUAGUAAUGAUUUUAUGGAGGGCAUGUAUGAGACCUUUAUCGGGCCACCAUUCUGGAAAAUAUUCAAGACCGCGGGUUAUAAAAAGCUGGAGUCGUCACAUCAAAUUAUUUACAGAAUAAUGGAGAAGCAUUUAAAAAAUGUUACACGUAUGCAUUGCCAGAGUCCAGAGAAGUUGAUAGCACGACAGCCGUUUAUGUACACAUUAUUUACCAAUGAACAACUAACUGAUGAUGAUAAAGUUAUGUUAUCAAUGGAAAUAUUUUUGGGGGGAAUCGAUACAACCGCAACCACUACAGCUCUUACUUUGUGCUACCUGGCACAAAACGAGCUUGUACAAGAGAAAGCCCGGAAAGACGCUACCACAAAAGACAUGAGCUACAUAAGAGCGUGCGUCAAAGAAACUUUAAGGUUAUCACCGACGGCGGGGGCUAAUAGCAGGUUCCUUGCGAGAGAUACCAAAUUUGAUGAUUAUCUCAUACCAAAAGGCACUUUACUGCUGGCAUUCAGUUCGGUGACAUCGUGUGACAAAAAGUAUUUUAAAAAUGCUCAAAGUUACUAUCCGGAUCGAUGGCUAAGAGCGAAUAAUGAGGAAUUCCAUAAAUUUGCUUCUUUGCCGUUCGGUUACGGGCCUAGGAUGUGUCCCGGGAAACGUCUGGCGGAGAAUGAAAUUGCAAUUUUAUUGAAAAAGAUUUUGCAAAGCUACAAGUUGGAAUUGGAAGCAGAUCUGAACGUCGAAAUGGUGUAUAGAAUGAAUAGAAUACCCGACAGGCCAAUAAAUAUAAAAUUUAUCAAUACAAAUUACUAAAUAUUUAUUAUUUCAUUGUACAACAAUACAUAGUCUCCAUUUACACUUUUAUAUAUAUACAGGAUUUUAUAUCUAAUUUGAUAGUGUGAUAAUGUUUGUACAAUAAAAUUUGAUUAUUUAAAGCUUAAUAUGACCUCUUUUUCCGGCCACAAUUGAAUUUUUUUUAUUUGAUAAUCUUCAUGAUAAGGUUCUAUUGUCGAUGCUUUUACACAUAUAUAUUAUAUUAAGGCAAACCAGACUUACACGUAACCAAUUCGAAACCGAUAUUCCAACGAAAACAUUCAUACGCAAUACUUAUUUGUAAAUAAAUUUUAUAUAAUUUGUAUAUUUAAAAAUCGUAACAUAUUAUAUAGGUACUAGACGGUUUUUAAUUAAAACUUAAUAUUAUAUCAUACUAAACAAAAAAAAAACAAAGUUAAGUUGCACAUAUAAUUUUGGAAUGUGUGUAGAUAGAACUGGCCUUAAAUGCAUACCUAUACUUAGAAAAGGUAGAACCACAAAUUGAGUUUUUUUGCCACGAUAACUAUAAGGCACAAUAUGAAUUAACGGUAACAAACUAGACUGUAUAAUGUGACUUACUUGAGGAUGCUGGCCACGGAAAAAGCACGAGGUACAAAGUUAAAUUACAAAAUUGUAACUCGUAGAUUUUUGGAAUCCAUUUUCUUCCAAAUCUCUAAUUAUACAGGGUGUGCCAUUUAACACUCCUGCUGCCAAUGUCUCCGAAAUGAAGAAAUUUAUUUUAGU